AUGGUGAAGAAGGGUGCUCAUUUAAAAGCGAAGGCCGACUGGAAAUCUAUUGAAAUUGAUCCUAAUUUGUAUGCUGAUGAAAAAUUUCAGGGACUUGUAUGUAUCGAGGAGUUGCAGGACUAUGACAUCGUGGGAGGAAAGCUUAAAGUCUCUUCUACAUCAAAAAGAAAAUCUAAAGAUGAGGGUGACAACAGUUCUGUGCUUGAAGCUCCACCAAAAAAGAAAAAGAAAAAGGCAAAAAAGAAAUUUCAACAAACUCCUAAGACAGAACCUGAAAAAGUCAAAGAAAAUAAACAGAUUGUAGAUAAAAAGCCUUUGCCCGACAUGAGUGACUGGAAUGUUCUCUCUGUUCCUGAGCCUGUUUUACGUGCCCUUGCAGAACAACAUUUCUCCACACCAACCCCCAUCCAAAAGCAGUGCCUCCCUCCUGCCAUUUUGUACAAACAAGACAUUAUUGGAGCGGCGGCAACUGGAAGUGGGAAGACAUUGGCCUUUGGCAUUCCAAUUAUUCAUCACAUUCUACAGGAAAAGGAAGCCCAGAAAUUCUCAGAACACGAUGGUGGUACAAAAGAGGGUACUGAAAGAACGGAAGAAGGCUUUGAUGAUGAUCACAAUGAAGAAGUGACCGAAAAAGAAAUUCUUGAGGAUGAAAUCAGUGAAAGUGAAAUGCAAGCUGUGAUGCCUAAACAAGUCAAAAAGCCAACAACUGAUGGAUUGAAAGCUUUAAUAUUGGCCCCAACUCGUGAGUUAGCCAUUCAAGUCAAGAACCAUCUUUUGAAGGCUGCCCAGUUUACUGAUAUAAAGAUUGUUGCCAUUGUUGGUGGCAUGUCAGAACAGAAACAAGAAAGACUCUUGAAAAGAAAACCAGAAAUAAUUGUUGCAACUCCAGGACGAUUCUGGGAACUAUUUGAAAAUUCUAACCCACACAUUUCUACAGUCAGCCAUAUUAAGCAUCUGGUCAUAGAUGAAGCUGACCGCAUGAUAGAAAAAGGACAUUUUGAAGAACUUCACAAACUCUUUGAACAUUUGGAUGAGCAAAGUGCAGAAAUUAAAAAGAAAAGACAAACAUUUAUUUUUUCUGCCACUUUAACAUUAACACAUUCUGGCCCCAAAAGAAAGAUAAAACGCAAGUUUGAUAAGAACCUUCUCACAGUUGAAGGGAAACUGGAUAUGUUGGUUAGUAAAAUGGGAAUCAAGAAAAAUGCCAAGAAAAUUGACCUCACUGAGAAGACACGAACAGCCGAAAAUUUGUCAGAAGCUAAAAUUUAUUGCGAACAUGACCAAAAGGAUUUAUACUUGUACUAUUUCCUUAGUCGUUACCCUGGACGGACACUGGUGUUCUGUAAUAGUAAGGACUGUGUACGUCGUUUGGUCUCCAUUUUUACUUUAUUGCAAUGCCAGCCAUUGUCGCUUCAUGCUGACAUGCAUCAGAAGCAGCGUCUUAAAAACCUGGAAAGGUUCUCAGCUAAUCCAAAAGGUUUACUAUUAGCCACUGAUGUGGCUGCUCGAGGGUUGGACAUCCCUCAUGUUGAACAUGUCAUCCAUUUUCAAGUACCUCGUACAAUGGAGAAUUAUAUCCACAGAAGUGGCCGGACAGCUCGUGCAUCUCAGUCAGGUCUUGCUGUAUUGCUUGUUUGUGCUGAAGAGCAAAAAGACUAUAGGAAGAUUUUGUACAGCUUAGAAAGAACUGAAGAUAUGGUCUCAUUUCCAAUCGACUUGAAUUAUUUGCCAUGUCUAAAAGAACGUGUCCAGUUGGCAAAGCAACUCGACACAGAAAACCACAGAUUCCAGAAAAAGAAACGGCAUAACGACUGGUAUAAAAAGGCUGCAGAAGAUAUGGACAUUGAACUGGAUGAAGAUGAACUUUUGGAUCUUGGUGAUACAAAAGAACAGGCUAACCAUCACCAAAGGAUUUCUUCUAUGAGAGAAGAGCUGAAUGCAAUGUUGGGCUACAAGGUUUCAUCGAAGAAAUUCAUGACAAAGUACCCAACAAAAAUGGGCAAAUUACAGUUACCUGCCGAAGAGAAAGUGUCUCUUGGAGCACUCAAAGAUCUAAAAGAAGAGAAAUAUUUGAUGAAGAAAAAGGGUCAGAAGUCCAAGGUGCUGGAUCUUGUCAUGGUGAAGAAGAAGAAAAUACUUGAGAAGAAAAAGAAAAACGCAAUCUCCUUCCUUCCUUCUUUCUUUCAUAACACAAUCUCCUUCCAUCUUUUUUCUUUUGAAAUGCAGUCUCCUUUCUUCCUUCUUUCUUUUGUAACGCAAUCUCCUCCCUUUGGUAACACAAUCUUCUUCUUUCCUUCGUCACGCAAUUUCCUUCCUUUCUUAUUUCUUUUGCAAUACAAUCUCCUUCCUUCCAUCCUUCUUUUCUUUCGUAAAAAGCUCUUUCCUUCCUAA